CUUCUCCAUUACAUCUUCUCUUCCGUUCUUCUCUUCGUCUUCAUCCUCUACUCUCCUACAUACAAGCCCUACAUCAAUCUCAAUAACCUCAGUCCUCUACCAUCCAAUUCCUUACUACUACAAGAACAAUCAUACACAUAAUGGAACCUCACAAUCCAACCACCAUGAACCAAAGCAUGGCACAGCCCAUGAAUCAAACUAUGAGCAGCAAUCACCAAGUCCAAACCCAAACCCAACCCAAGAACCAACCUCAAAUUCAACCUCAUAUCCAACCUCAAGCCCAAACCCAGAUUCAACCUCAAAUCCAACCCGGACCCGAAAUCCACUUCAUCCCCUACCCACCCCAAGCCCAAUUCCAAGACCAGCACCCCCAAACCGAAAUCCUCCUCCACAUCGACGCCAACAACCACCCAAUCUGCAUCCUAUCCAACACCUCCCAACCCACCACAACCACAAUCGACCCCAACAUCAUAAUCAGCAACCCAACCUCCUACAUCCUCGCCUUCCGCGACCCCCACUCCCUCUACCACGCCUUCACCAACCCAACCACCUACACCCUCCUCACCCGACACGCACACUACAUCCGACUCUACCUCCUCCACGACCUGCAAAUCGGCUACCUCCCAUGCUCCCCACACCCACUUCCCUUCUCAUCCCAGAACCGGGACAGCCUGUUCUUCUUCGACUGCGCCACUGACCCCAACAUGCACUACAUCACCCCGCCCCGCUUGCCCUGCAUGCCCAGCGCCAGACACCCCGUGAUGCUGAACAACGAUUGCAAUAAUAUCUGCGCUAUCUCGUGGCCCGGCUUUGAUAAACUCAUGGGUGAUUGGCGCGUCGCGUGCAGGGCUAUUCCCCGGGGUCAUGAUGUUUGGUAUAUGGUCUUUAAUUUGGCGUCGAGGGGUGGGUGGGUGCCUUUGGGUGUGGGUAGGUCGUUGCAGUUGCUUAGUACCGCCGUUUGUGUUAAGGAGAGGGUUAAGGGGAGGUUUCGGUGUGUGGUGGAUGGGUGUGCUAGGGGGGUGGUGGAGAGGUUUGAUGGGUUUUUGGCGGCUAAUGUGGCCAGUUUGGGGUGGGCAGUUGUGGGGGAUGAAGAGAUGGGGGAGGGGGAGGGGGAGGUUAAGGUUAAAACUGAGGAGGGGGAGGGGCGUGUGGAGGGAGGUGUGAAGGGUGAUGGUGGUGGUGCUGGUGUUGGUGGUGGUAGUGGAGGAAAAGGAGGAGUGAUUGUUCAUGCAGUGAUGGUGGAUGCAAUGGUGAUGCAAUGGUGCAGUGGGAAGUAUGAGGCUUUGUUCUAUGCGACUGGGGUGUCUAUUGAGAUCAAAGGGUUUGAGAAGGAGAGUAUUGGCUUAUCAGCUCAGGUGGAUAAGUGA